ACUUUAAUACGAGGAAGAAGAUUACCUCCAAAUAUUCAUCGAGUCUAUACUUUUUGCCUCGUUCAUAUAUACACUUGGUUCGAUUUUUCUCAUAAACUCCAUAGCCAUCCAUGGCUAUUCCUUUUAAAAACUCUAGGACCUCUAUUUUUUUCUUGAUCCUCAGUUUUGCCCUACGUCUGGUAAUUGCAUCUGCAGAACUGCAGAGAUUCGACCACCCCACCAAACCAGAUGGAUCACUCAGUUUCUUGGUGAUUGGGGACUGGGGAAGAAGAGGAGAUUUCAACCAGUCUCAAGUUGCCUUUCAGAUGGGAAAGACUGGAGAGAAACUUGACAUAGAUUUCGUGGUGUCGACGGGAGACAACUUUUACGACAACGGGCUCAUCAGCGAGCAUGACACAGAAUUUGAAGAGUCAUUUACCAAAAUCUAUACAGAAAAGAGCCUGCAAAAGCAGUGGUAUAGCGUGUUGGGGAACCAUGAUUACAGGGGAGAUGCAGAGGCUCAACUGAGCCCCCUCCUCCGGAAAAUCGAUAGCAGAUGGCUUUGCUUGAGGUCUUUCGUUGUGAAUACAGAACUAGCAGAGAUUUUCUUCGUGGACACCACGCCUUUGGUGGAUAUGUACUUCACAAACGCAGACGAACAUACUUACGAUUGGCGUGGCAUUGUCCCUCGAAAGGCUUAUAUUGCAAACUUGUUGAAGGAUGUGGAGUUGGCAUUGGAGAAAUCCUCUGCAAAGUGGAAGAUUGUUGUUGGACACCAUGCAAUUAGAAGUGUAGGGCAUCAUGGUGACACACAGGAGCUUAUAAACCAGCUUCUCCCAAUUCUUCGGGCCAAUGACGUUGAUUUUUACAUGAACGGGCACGAUCAUUGCCUAGAACACGUUAGUGACUUAGAAAGCCCGAUACAGUUUCUAACAAGCGGAGCAGGGUCUAAAGCAUGGAGGGGAGAUGUUAAGGAGCUGAACAAAGAAGGGCUCAACUUCUUUUAUGAUGGUCAAGGCUUUAUGUCUGUGAAGUUGAAUCCCACAGAUGCAGAGAUUGCAUUUUAUGAUGUUUUCGGCAAGGUUUUACAUAGACUGAAUGCUUCCAAGCAGCUUCACCCCUCGAUAUAAAUUAAGUUUUGUGGCUAGAUGCUAGAGGGAAUGUACUACAGCCGUAUAGAUUGUUGUUGCAAGGACGAAAAUUGUAGUUGAAUUCAAUUCCCAAAUUGUUCUUAUUCUUAAAUAUGUACCUUAUUUAGUGCAUUGAUCCUUAUCAAAUUCAUCGGUUUUUCUUUUUAA